AGGUCAGGUGUGUGGUUUAUUAACAAGUCAACCAAUCAGAGAGCUAGAUGUGUUAACGGUGGCAUAGUUCAUUUAAACAGGAAGUCGCUUACAUACUAGGUGCGAAAUUCAAAGCGUGGUGGCGGCGGGGAAAGGCGACUUAUUCGGCAGUCAAAUACAGGAUUAAGCAUUUUAAAGGAAACCUUUGCAAACCUCAGGCGCCAAGCAUGGCGACCUUGUUUGAUGGGAUCAGCCAGCAGCUGGACUUCUCUAGCUGUGGAGAGGAGGGGAGCAGCAGUGACAACAGCUCUGAUGACUGCACAUUCAGGAUCCGAAGUCCCAGGAUCUGCAGUCCCAGCUCUGCAUGUAGGACGCCCAGAGUGCAACGCCAACGCAGUCGAAGCAACACCCUAACCUCCCCUUUAUCGUGCACCAGCCCCAUACCUUAUGCUUCCUGGAGCAAACUGAGGCUCUGUGACUCGCCAAGCACGCCCAAGAGCCUUCUGUCGAAGUCGUCCCAGCCUUUCUCCACCACUAAGAUAAGUCGCCAUCAGAGGACCCUGCGCUUCUCCUCUGUUGCGCCAAACCUCACCCAUGCUCCUUCUGUCAAUGUGAAUCCUUUCACCCCUGACACAAUCCGCAGGAACAGCGAGCAGCAGUGGAGAAACAGUAGUUAUGAUGAUGACGAUGACUAUGGACGCAGGUCGAAACACAGCCUAACGUCAUCUGAGGAGGAUGACGAAGCCUUUCUCCCACCAAAGAGGCGAGCUGUCCAGGCGUUCAUGCUGUCACGCUAUGAGAGUGAGUUUCUGGAGCUGGAGUGCAUCGGCGUGGGCGAGUUUGGGGCAGUUUACAAGUGUGUGAAGAGGAUGGACGGUUGCUUGUACGCCAUAAAACGCUCUCGCCAACCCCUGGCAGGCUCUGCCAAUGAGCAGCUGGCUCUUAAGGAAGUGUAUGCACAUGCUGUUCUUGGGCACCACCCUCAUGUUGUUCGCUAUUAUUCAGCAUGGGCAGAAGACGACCACAUGAUUAUUCAGAAUGAAUACUGUGAUGGUGGAAGUCUCAAUGAUGCUAUCAUGAAGAAGGAAGUACAGGGUGAGCUGUUUUUGGAGGCUGAGUUGAAAGAUCUACUUUUACAAGUGUCUAUGGGGCUAAAAUACAUCCACAGUUUAGGCCUCGUACACCUGGACAUCAAACCAAGUAAUAUAUUCAUUUGCCAACGUCCCAGUACAAGUGCAGCAGGUGAAGGGGAGAGUGAGGAGGAAGAUGACGGAAGCACGUCAGCAGGAGUCAUUUACAAAAUUGGGGAUCUGGGUCAUGUGACCUCAACCAACAGUCCUCAAGUUGAAGAAGGGGACAGCCGCUUUCUAGCCAGUGAGGUCCUGCAUGAGGAUUACAGCCAACUCCCCAAAGCAGACAUCUUUGCUCUGGGCCUUACGGUGCUGCUGGCAGCCGGGGCUCCUCCUCUGCCCCAAAAUGGAGAUGAGUGGCACAGACUUAGAGAGGGGCAGCUCCCCAAACUUCCAAGGGAGCUAUCGCCUCCCUUCAGAAGCCUACUUCAGCUGAUGCUGGAUCCAGACCUGACAAAGCGGCUGUCUGCCAGGGAGCUUUGCAAGCACGCAGUUUUAAGGGAAAAGAGGACUGAGAGACUAGCUGCCCAGCUACGCAGAGAGCUCAAUGUAGAGAAGUUCAGGACAGCCAUGCUUGAGAAAGAGCUCCAGGAGGCUCGUCUGGCGGCCUUGUCACCCAAGCAGAUCCUCCCUCCUGGCCUGAACUCCUCUGCUAAGAUCGGGUCUCUACCCAGAACAGGGAGGAGGCUUGUUGGUAGGAAGACUACACGGUCCAUGAGCUUCGGUUGCCCAGGUUAUGGAGUCUAAUGGGACGUUGUGAGGCCCACAUGCCUGUCCUUUUGCUCUGAUGCAAAGUGGUUAUGUGAUUCCCUUGUACAGCAAUGGUUUUGUUGGAACUGAUUUGAAAUGACUGGAUGGAUAAUCCUUUUGAGUCUUCUAAGUGGAUGCAGUGUAACUGAAGGACUGGAGAGACUUGGACAGCAUUGGUUUCAAAGGACUAAUCUGACUGAUUCACUGUUCAGGUGAUUUUCAACAACUUGGAAUUGCUGCAGACCAAUGUACUCAACAAAUUGUUUUUUUUAAAAACUGUAAAUAAACAUUUUAAGCAUUUUAUCAGAUGGAUUUCCUAUUUGUUAUUUGAUUUAGCUCUGCAACUCUUGUCCCAAUGGAGUACUAUGUUAUCAAAAAAGCACAUUCAGAAGGGCUGUUGGCCACAGCAGGGACUUUCCAGUGGUGUUAUCUUUAACUGCAGCCAACUGUAUGACUAUUUGUGGCUAAAAAUGCACUUACACAAAUGUUUUGUAAAGAUAUGUAUUUCACAGGAAACAUGUUCAAACUAUUUCUCAACAUAAAUAUUCCAUUGUAAUAGUAGUAUUUUAGUUGUUGCAUAAGGUGGUAGCUAACUAUGAGUUAAAGAUGGAUUCACUGUAGGCUCUUGCAUAAUCUCGGCAACUAGAGAGACUACUUUAAUUUAAAAUCUCUGUUGCAGCUGACUAGCUAUAUCCAGUUAGGUGAUUUAUGUCCUGGGGUUUCUCGGUUUUGACUAACGACAAAGAGAAAUGGCUCCCCCCACCCCAAGUCCGACGGUAUUUGAAGGCAUCAUGGGGCGUUUACCGUAGCCAGAUAUGUGGCCAUCUGAAGUUGUUUUUGCUGCUGCUCAGAGUUAGACCUAAGCAGCGCCGUGGUCGGUGCUCUAUGGCGCAUCAGUGAGAAGUUCUUUGUACUAAGUUAAAAGCUGACUCAUCCGGCAUAGGAAACGAAUGACGAGAGUGAUUAUCGAUGGAUGACUUGGGCGAUCUGACCAGUGGGCAAAACGCCGCCCUGGUAAUUUUGGCCUUCCUUCAAAUGGACUGUAGAAAUUCUGACUACAGGAAGGAGCUUUUCUCCCUGGAGCAAGAUUAUAUUAACGUUACCCGGGACAUCAAUUGCAAUAGCUCCUGGAUAGACGUCCAGGACGAAGGAGACCUUGAAACUGACGGUCACCUGCCCGUUUGCAUGCCACUUUCUUUUGGUGAUAUUCAGCCUUCAGUGGAGCUGCGGCGGCCUGGGGACCAUGGAGAAGCAGCAGCACUUCAGCAGGUUGCAGAAGGGCUGAGAGAGAUUGCAGCCCAGCUUGAACACAAUGUUGUGGCUCAGGCUACCCAGAACCUGAGAAGGAACAUAUCAACAUCCCCCUCUGAACAGUGGAAGGACCACCUUACCCAGGAGGUGGACAGGGUGAUGAGGCAUGGCGUGGGUCUGGAGCAUCUACCCCAGGAGCGAGUCAUCGUGGCCCUCACUCUGACUCUGGUGAGGGGAGUGUGCGAGAAGGCCCCGCAACUGCUGCGAAACCUCUUCAACACAGCACUGCAGUACAUCAGCCCUGUGAGAGCCAGGUGAUUUCUGAGCUGCCAGCUGAGAGUAAAUAACUUGGAUAUUUGUGGCUGAAUAUGAAACUGGCACCUGCUCCUCAUGACCAGUUGACUGUGAAAGGAGCUGCGUUUACUACAACAGUAUUAGAAACACUUUCUUAUAUGAAAUAAAGUGACAGUCUUUUGAGUUUAUGGACAUGUAUUGAAAACGGGAAAUAAUCGGUUAAGUUAGUGAUACUUGAAUUUUCGUUACUUUAUUUACUUAAUGCUUCUGUUUACUUUUGUUUAAGUGUUAUCUUUUCAUUUUACACUUAUACAUGUAUGACCAAAGGAUUGUAAAACUUGAAUAAAUAAAUAUUUUCUGGG